AUGAACACCUCUUUUUCAACUCAAGUUUCUUUUUUCACCCAUCCUACUAGAAACUGAAGACAUCAAUUCACAAAUCUCAGACGAACCCUAAUUAGUAGGAAUCCUAUGCUAAAAUCAUCACAAAUUUUCUAUUUCGUAUGAGAUUAUCGAUUCAAUCGAGACCUCCCUGCAAAAUCACUGUAAAUCAGAGCUCUCAAUUAAUGGAUCAUUCAUGGCGUCCUCACCCAAUUCAAGGUAAUAUCUGCCCAACUUGUUCAAUCUCUCACUUUCCGUUUUGUCCUCCUCACCCUCACCCUCACCCCUCUGCAUAUUCUGCACCUAAUUUGGAUCCCAAUUUUCGACCAAUUAAUAUGAAUCGACCCAUUUAUAAUAAUCCGGGUGACCCAUUUUAUGAUCCUGGGUAUAGUAAUCGAAACCCUAGUUUUCCUCAUGCGGGGAAUUUUGGGACUGGUAAUGGAGGUCCAUAUUCAAUGCAAAAUCAUGGUUAUGGGGAUGCUGAGUAUAUGGGGAGUGAUUAUAGUAAUGUGAAUGAUAGGAGUAACAAGAGAUUAAGGGUUGAUGGGGGCCAGGGUGAUGCCAAUUAUUCGUCAUCGAAAUUUCCGGUGGAAGAUAGAUUGAAAUUGGUUCAUGAUCAUGGAGUGCCGUAUUCGGGUUUUGGUGGGGAUAUGAGAAGGUAUGCCUUAGCAAGUUCAGGUUUUGAUAGGAAUGUUGGUGGUCGGGAUCCUGGGAUUCCGAGUGAGUUUGGAGUGAGACCACCGAGCAAUGGGGAGAUGCGUAACUCCGUGGGAGUGGGACAUGGUGUUCAUUAUCAAAAGAAUGGAUUAGAAUGUCAGACUGGUUAUGAAUCUAGGUAUAGCAUGAAAAGGAAUGCAUCGGAUAUCGUGGGAAAUACAUUUCAAAAUCAGGAUCCUACAAGUUUUCAACAAGGAGGAAUUGGGCAUGAUAAUGAUAGGCAGUUACAUGGUUAUCAGCACACAAACUAUGGAAUUCCUCAUAGUUCAAAUGAGGGAUUUUAUGGCAGCAAUGUGGAGUCAAUGCAUUCUAACAAUGCUCCUAUGCACUAUGAUCAGAGAAGCAAUGUGCCAACAUCAAACCACUAUUCCAGCAGCCAUCCGCCGUUUCCUUCUGCAAUGCAGCAACCUGGUCAAUUAAGACAUGAUCACGGUUCUCAACAGCACUUUAGUGGUCCAAGGCCGCCAAUUGAAACUAGGCCACCCCAUAUUCAAGGUUAUCAGGUUCCAGCUGGUAAUCAUAUUGUUUCCACACAGCCUCAUUAUGGAGUCCCACAUAUGGAUUACCAGGGAGGUUAUGGUAACUCUGUUUCUGAAAACAUGGGUCACUUACAUGCUUCACAAGGAUUUGAUAUGCAGCCUCCACUUCCAGCUUCUCCACCUCCCCCUCUACCUAUGGAGCCACCAGGUCAUUGGCCAGCAGACAACAACCCUUCAUCUUCACCACCCAGAGUGUCUUCCUCGCUGUUUCCUGUUCCUGCUGGCUCAUCAGUUCCAGUGCACUCUUCACAUGCCCCAAUUCCCAAAUCUCACUCACGAGCAACUUUGCCUAUGAAUUCUCAACUUGGACAUAUGUCGCGUGGUGUGUUUCAAGGGGAUCCUCAAGGCACUUCGUCAUUUAGACAAUAUCAUGGAGAUGGCCGAACAUUUCCAUCGAAGAAUAGUUUUCCAGUUAAACCAAAAGUCAUAGAUGCUGCUCACUUAAUCAAGCCACCUCAUCGAACAUCUCGUCCAGAUCAUUUUGUGAUUAUACUUCGAGGCUUACCAGGAAGUGGAAAGAGCUACUUGGCUAAGAUGUUACGUGACUUGGAGGUUGAACAUGGUGGCAAAGCUCCCAGAAUUCAUUCCAUGGAUGAUUAUUUCAUGACGGAAGUGGAGAAGGUUGAUGAGAAUGAAGCCUCAAAAUCUUCUGUAAGAUUCAAGAAACCUUCUAUGAAGAAGGUCUUAGAGUAUUGUUAUGAACCUGAAAUGGAGGAGCCUUACAGAUCAAGCAUGCUAAAAGCAUUUAAGAAGACUCUUGAGGAGGGUGCCUUCACCUUUGUAAUUGUGGAUGACCGCAAUCUGCGGGUAGCUGAUUUUGCUCAGUUUUGGGCAACUGCAAAGAGGUCGGGUUAUGAAGUAUACGUGCUGGAAGCACCAUACAAGGAUCCAGCGGGUUGCACUGCUAGGAAUAUUCAUGGCUUUUCCCAGAUUGAUGUGGAAAAGAUGGCUGCCCAAUGGGAAGAAGCUCCAUCAAUGUACUUGCAAGUGGAUGUUAAGUCUAUAUUCCAUGGAGAUGAUUUGAAGGAGAGCAAUAUAGAAGAGGUUGACAUGGACACAGAAGAUGGGGAUGUUGAUGGAGGCUUGUUUAAGUCAGAUGAGAGGGUAGCUGAGAAAACGGUUACUUCUUCAGCGGGAGACCUUGGACCUUAUGCUUCACGGAAGGAUGAGAGGAACUGGGAUGCGGAGGUUGGUCACCCAACAGAAGAAGUCAAAGAUUUAGGACGUAGUAAAUGGUCAGGCAAUUUGGAUGGUGAUGACGAUGAGAGAACUGAAGUUUUGAAGGGCAAGGCCAAUGUUCUGUCUGGAUUGGUCAAAACAUAUGGGAGAGAAGGUAAAUCUGUUUACUGGGGUGAUCAGGGUGGCCGUACUGGUUUCUCCAUUGGUGCUGUCAAGAAAGCAAACGUGGGGACUUUAGUCAUUGGCCCUGGUGCAGGUUACAACUUGAAGUCAAACCCGUUACCUAAAGAAGACGCAACCGGAAAAUCCGCAGAGACGAAGACACAUAAAGUGUUUCAAGAGAGGCUGCGAGCAGAACAAGAGUCCUUCAGAGCUGUUUUUGACAGGAGACGGCAACGUAUUGGAGGUCUUGUUGCAGAAGAGGAUUGAUGUGCCAUAUUAAAUUUUGUAGUUAAUCCCUUUGAUUAGGAUUAUGCCAAUUUCCUUGUUAUAUAUUAACAUUGUAUUUCCUGCCCCUACUCUCCGAUUCUUCGGAGGUUUUGUAUGUAAUCAUGUCCAAUUAAGAUCUUCUAAGCAAAAUCAAUAAUGAGGUUUGGCUAA